GGCCAAGAGAAGAGCGAGCCUGUGGAUCCGGAUUAAUAAAUAAGAGGCCGCGCGCCUCCUCCUCCUGCUGCUUCUUCGGUUCGGAGUGGCCGCCUUCUCAGCCAAUGGGAAGCAGGCGGCGCGCGGUCCGUCGCGUCUGAGGGAGGAGGCGGCGGCAGCGGCGGCCUUUGCAGCCGCGGCCCGCUGCGUGGAAGUGCCGGGGCGGGAUUUCCUGAGCUUCUCUGUUGUGGCUGCUCAGGGAGGAGGGAAAGGGGAGGCGCCAGGCGGCAGGCAAGCGGCCGGGCGAGAGCGCGAGGGUGGAGACCCGUCAGCUGGGUGCGGCGUGAGGGGGCAGCUGGGCCGGUCCGGCCUGUGGAGAUCCGUCCGCCGACAUGCCUGGGAUAGACAAGCUGCCCAUCGAGGAGACGCUGGAGGACAGCCCCCAGACACGUUCCUUGCUGGGUGUAUUUGAAGAAGAUGCUGCAGCCAUUUCCAGAUACAUUAGCCAGCUGUAUCAAGCCAUGCACCGAAUUUAUGAUGCACAGAAUGAAUUAAGUGCAGCAACACAUUUGACUUCAAAGCUUCUAAAGGAAUAUGAGAAACAGCGCUUUCCCUUGGGAGGUGAUGAUGAAGUUAUGAAUUCUACUCUGCAGCAAUUUGCAAAAGUGAUAGAUGAGCUCAGUUCUUGUCAUGCAGUACUAUCAACUCAAUUAGCUGAUGCCAUGAUGUUUCCCAUUACCCAGUUCAAGGAAAGAGAUCUAAAAGAGAUUCUGACUUUGAAAGAAGUUUUUCAGAUCUCAAGCAAUGAUCAUGAUACUGCCAUCACCAGAUAUAGUCGACUGUCAAAAAAAAGAGAAAAUGAGAAGGUCAAGUAUGAGGUUACAGAAGAUGUAUAUACUUCCCGGAAGAAACAACAUCAGACCAUGAUGCAUUAUUUCUGUGCAUUAAAUACUCUGCAGUAUAAGAAGAAAAUUGCUAUGUUGGAACCCUUGUUAGGAUACAUGCAAGCUCAGAUAAGCUUCUUUAAGAUGGGCUCAGAAAAUCUUUCUGAACAACUGGAAGAAUUUUUAACAAAUAUUGGGACAAGUGUUCAGGAUGUUCGUAGGGAAAUGGACCAUGACGUAGAGACUAUGCAGCAGACUAUAGGAGACUUGGAGGCAGCCAGUGACCCAUUGUACCUGCCAGAUCCUGAUCCUACAAAAUUUCCUGUCCAGCGGCACCUUACUCGGAAAGCUGGUUAUCUUAAUGCAAGAAAUAAAACGGGGCUGGUGUCUUCCAGCUGGGACAGACAAUUUUACUUCACUCAGGGUGGAAACCUAAUGAGUCAGGCAAGAGGUGAUGUAGCUGGAGGACUUGUUAUGGAUAUAGACAACUGUUCAGUAAUGGCUGUGGAUUGUGAAGACAGAAGAUACUGCUUUCAGAUAACCUCUUUUGAUGGCAAAAAGUCUUCAAUUCUUCAGGCAGAGAGCAGAAAAGAUUAUGAAGAGUGGAUAUGUACAAUAAACAACAUCUCCAAACAGAUCUAUCUAAGUGAAAACCCAGAGGAAAUUGCUGCACGUGUAAAUCAGUCGGCUUUAGAAGCUGUUACCCCCUCUCCUUCCUUCCAGCAGAGACAUGAGAGUAUGAGACCAGCUGUACAGGCUCGUCCUCCCACGACUCGUACUAGCAGCACUGGGUCUUUGGGCUCUGAUUCAGCAUCUCUAUCAGCUCUUUCCUUGGACUCUCUUGUUGCACCCGACACUCCUAUACAAUUUGACAUUAUUUCUCCAGUAAGCGAAGAUCAACCUGGCCAAGCAAAAUCCUCAGGGCAGGGAGGCAGACGAACAAAUCCAUUUGGAGAAUCUGGAGGAAGCAAAUCAGAAACAGAAGAUUCUAUCCUACAUCAGUUAUUUAUUGUAAGAUUCCUUGGAUCCAUGGAGGUGAAGUCGGAUGAAAGUCCUGAUGUUGUUUAUGAAACAAUGCGCCAAAUACUAGCAGCUCGAGCCAUACACAACAUUUUCAGAAUGACAGAAUCACAUUUGUUGGUCACAUGUGAUUGUUUAAAGUUAAUUGACCCUCAGACGCAAGUUACAAGACUCAGGUUUCCGUUGCCAAAUGUAGUUCUGUAUGCCACACACCAGGAAAACAAACGGCUUUUUGGAUUUGUGCUUCGGACUUCAGCAGGGAGAGCAGACAGUAGACCAACUUCAGUCUGCUAUAUAUUUGAAUCAAAUAAUGAAGGGGAAAAGAUUUGUGAUUCUGUGGGACUUGCAAAACAGAUCGCAUUUCAUGCUGAAUUGGAUCGCAGAACAUCAGAAAAGCAGAAAGAAAUGGAUAGAGUGAAAGAGAAACAACAAAAAGAACUCAGUAAACAGAAACAAAUAGAAAAGGAUUUGGAAGAGCAAAGCCGGCUAAUAGCUGCUUCUAGUAGAUCCAACCAGAGCACUGGGGAGGGACAAUUUGUAGUCCUUAGCAGUAGUCAGUCAGAAGACAGUGAUUUGGGAGAAGAUGGAAAGAAGAAACGAGAAUCUGAAGCAUGAAGUGACUCUGGUGUGCAAGUCUUCGGACCUGUUAUCUGACAUGGAAAGUCGGAGAAACAAAGGUGGUGGGUUUGCUUUAUUAGAUGAAACUCCAUUGUGCUUUGAUUUUUCUUAAACAGCCAGCUUAAUGUGAAUAUGGACUUUCUUCCAUAUCAUAAGGUACCAUGGUGAAACUUAGCAGAAGUAUACAUGGCUAUAUAUGGAUCUUUUUUUCUUCUUCACUUGCCUUGCUGUGCAGAUAAUUUCAUGAGGAAAAAAUUGGUAUAAGGUAAGCAUAAUAGACAAAAGCUUUCGUGUUCACUUUCAACCUGCAUUGGAUAACCAUUUAGUGUGUUGUGGCAAAAACAGAGUCCUUUGACUCUUUUAAAGAUUUAACAAAUUUAAUAUUAUGAAGUGGAGUGGAGUCUGCGAAGGGCUCUGCUAUAAUAAAUUUGUUAGUCCUUAUUUUUUCAAAGUUCAUUUUGAUUCCCAAAGAUUACUGAGAACAGAAACAGAGUGCUUGCUUGGAGUUUAAACAUGUCUGAAAAUGAAUUGCCAGCAGAGAAAAGUUCAGGAAAACUGGUAAUGCUGCAAUGCUAUUUUUACUUGAGAAUGUACUUGGUGGUACUGCCCUUGGCUAUUCUGCAUUAUACUUCAGAGCACUUUGGUGUGGAGGGUGUCAGAGACAUUAAAGCACAUAUUAGAAGUUAGGCUGCAAUUGCAGUAUGUGUUUUGGUAAUGUACGAAUACGUUUUGUAACAAAUACAAAUAGAUGAGAAGAACAAUUUGUAUGGAGACAUUGCCAACUAUUAUUUCAGAUAAAACUGAUUCUGUGAUCCAUGCCCAUAUUUGCACAAUUUCUCUAAAUACCAUUUAGCAAGACUUACUGAACAAUUCCACAUACAGCAUAAGUGCAUUUACAGUAAAUCUGCUGAAUCACUGAGGAAAAUUAUGCUGACCCUCUUCUUCUUGAUCCUUUUUAAUUGCAAGUGCAUGACAAGUUUAGUUAUAUCAAACAUGCAUUGGCCUUUUCCUCCAGCAAAGUAAUACUAUCAAUACAAAACAGUGCAUCUGUUUUUACAAUAGUCAGAUCCUUUAGUUUAUGCAAAAAGAACAGUUGGUCCUACCUGAAGAGCAGACUUGAUAGGUUGCUGAUGACUUGAAUGAGUUGGGUAUUAUCUUAUCAUGUGACGAAGGCAGGAGGGCAAAGAACCCUGGGAGGCAGGUGCAGUCAUUCUUCAGUUUUAUAUGAUUCACCGAACUCCAACAGGCAUUGAACUUACAGUAGGAAUGAAAAUUCUCUACAUAUGCCUGCCUCUCUCCUGGCUCAAUAUGUAAACUUGCCUGCCUCUCUCCUGGCUCAAUAUGUAAACUUUAAAUAAACAUAUGUUGAAAACAA